AUGAUGCUAAGUGGAAGAAGUCAAAAGCUUAGAAUAAGUACAAGAGUAAUGUGUGCAGGGUCUGGAAGAGUUGCUGUUCUGAUGAAUCGUUUUGACCAGAAGAUAGACCACUAAGUAUCAUGACUACAUAAAACUAAAUCAAAGGGAGAAGACAGCCAAAGUGGGCCAUGUGUGCUCUCACCCUUUAUUUUAGAAAAGCACUGGAUGACACUUUGGGACAUAUGAAGUUCACUCUCUUACUUCUCGGGACUUGGGCAUUUUCCAUUCUGUCUAUGUGGCCUCUGACUGGCAACUGCCAAUACUUCAAUCCUCCUGAGGUGGUGAUACCUUUGAGGAUACCUGGCACUUCAAGAGGCACAAAGAAUACAGGCUGGGUCUCCUACAGCCUACACCUUGCAGGCCAGCGGCACAUUGUCCAUAUGAAGGCCAAAAAGAUGUUAGUGCCCAAACACAUCUCUCUGGUCACCUACACAGACCAGGGCAUGCUCCAAGAGGACCAUCCUUUUAUUCCAAGGGAUUGCUACUAUCAUGGGUAUGCUGAAGGGGACCUCAAGUCUCUGGUUGCUCUUAGCACCUGUUUUGGUGGUUUGCAAGGAAUGCUAUACAUAAACAACUCACUUUAUGAAAUCAAGCCCAAAAAUCUUUCUACCACAUUUGAACAUUUGGCAUAUAAAGUGCACCCCAUGGAUGAUAAAUAUUACCCCUCCCCACAUGAAGUGACAGAAGACACAGCAAAAGAAUGGCAAAUGAAUCUUAAAGAGAUUAAGCAUUCCAUUCUGAAGCAAAGCACCAUUAAAAAUUGGUAUGUCCACCAAUUUUGGUAUAAGGUUGGUUAUGUGAUAGACGCUGCACGGUUUAAUUAUAAGAGGAGGAAUGCCACAGCAGUUGAAGUAGAACUAAUAUUAGGUACCAAUAUAGUAGAUUCUUAUUAUAAAACAAUGGGUGCUGAUGUACAAGUUGUGGCAAUUGACAUAUGGAAUCAGAACCUUGUUCGUGAGGCAAGAGGUGUAAGUCUUCUGAAUGACAGAUUUUGUGAGUGGAAGGCAGGUAGCUAUAAUCACCGUGUGGUUCAUGAUGCUGUAUUUCACAUCUUUGUAAAACGUUAUUGUACUGCCACUACUCAAAAGGCAAAUUUUUUGGGACUGUGUGGAGCACAUCAGAGUUGUGGGUCGGCGUGUCACACGACUGAUAACCUGCUUACCUUUUCAACAAUUGUGGCUCGUAUGAUUGGAAUUCUUACAGGGUUUCAUGAGGACUACGAAUUUUGUCAAUGUGCUGGCACUUGUAUCAUGAGGAGCUCAACACCAAUUGCAAAUGCUUUCAGCAACUGUAGUUAUGAUUCAUUUAUGCUUGCUGCUUGGGUUCUGAAAACCUGUAUAUAUAACGCACCUCAGAGACUGUUCAGAAUCGCGUUCUGCGGGAAUGCUCAGCGUGACCGGGGAGAGGCUUGCGACUGCGGUACCGCAAAAGCAUGUGCAGGUGAUCCAUGCUGUACAGCAAGCUGUACUCUGUCUGAUGGUUCUAACUGUGCUGGGGGGCUUUGCUGCAAAGACUGUCGAAUUGCAAAUCGUAGCACAGAAUGUAGAGAACAGAUCAGUGAGUGUGAUCUGCCAGAGUUUUGUGAUGGAAAAUUCCCUGACUGUCCAGAAGAUGUGUAUGUGGCUAAUGGGUAUCCUUGUCUGGGAAAGGGCUCCUGCUUUCAAGGGACAUGUAAUAAUCACAAUUUCCAAUGUAAGAGAAUAUUUGGUCCAUCUGCCACGAGUGCCAAUAUGCGUUGCUACCAAGAACUCAAUUCCAAAGGUGACCGCUUUGGUCACUGUUUUAGACGUAAUGCGAAAUAUGAGGGCUGUCGUUCUGAAGAUGUUCUGUGCGGUAGAAUUCAAUGUGCUAAUGUGAAACAAAUUCCUCUUUUGAAAGACCAUGAAAGCUUCUCUUGGAUUCAUUUGAAGCCUGAGCAGUGCUGGAGUCUUGACUACCAUUUUGGAAGAGUCGACAAGGAUAUCGGUGCAGUGUCAAAUGGUUCAGAGUGUGGUGAAGGAAAAUUUUGCAUCAGUUCACGUUGUGUUCCUAUGCCUCGGUUUUCUAUUUGUGCACCUCGAAACUGCAGUGAGAGAGGCAUCUGUAACAAUAAAUUUAACUGUCAUUGUGACCCAGAGUAUGCUCCACCCACCUGUUUCUUUAAAGGAACUGGAGGUAGUGUUGAUAGUGGCCCACCUCCUAAGAUUAAUAGAACCAUCUUCAUCAUCUCUAAAAAGAAAGGCAAACAAAAAUCUCUACAAUCGACUUUGAUUGUGAUUUUUGUUGUCAUCUUGUUGUUACUACUUGUGCUUUUUGUUUUGUCCAAAAAAUCACAAAAGUCAGCUGGGAAACCACCACCGCCACCUGGGCCAACUAAGCCACCUCCAGCUCCACCUGGAAAAGGGCCACCUAAGAAAUAAUGGUGUGAAGUUACAGUGGUGAAAAAUAAAAAUUCAAUCCCA